GGAAGGGAGAUUGGAGGGGUUGUCUGGAAUCCAAUCCCAGACCUUCCCUUGCAGGCUUGCCCACCUACUGUGGUCUAGUGUGGAGAUGAGGUCCAGGGUUUGGGAGGGGUGUGGGGACACAUGUCUGCCAAGGCACUGAGCCCUCCCAGCUGGAAAAUCCUCUGAACCUGUGAGAAGAGAACAUAGCCAGCAUGGACACACCCUUACCCUUAGUCUCAGUUCCCACCAAGACACAGAGCAUUUCCUGUGCCUUUUCCGCUAUUUCACAACCUGCCUGUUCUUGCUCACCAAGGUAGAGGCUUCUUCUCCUGCCAGAAGCCAGACAGCUGGCUCCAGCCUCUCCUGUUCAGCGCCAUGGCCAAGACCCCUAGUGACCAUCUGCUGUCCACCCUGGAGGAGCUGGUGCCCUAUGACUUUGACAAGUUCAAGUUCAAGCUGCAGAACACCAGUGUGGAGAAGGAGCACUCCAGGAUCCCCCGGAGUCAGAUCCAGAGAGCCAAGCCAGUGAAGAUGGCCAGUCUGCUGGUCACCUACUACGGGGAAGAGUACGCUGUGCGGCUGACCCUGCAGGUCCUGCGGGCCAUCAACCAGCGCCUGCUGGCUGAGGAGCUCCACAGGGCAGCCGUUCAGGAAUAUUCCACACAAGAAAAUGGCACAGACGAUUCCGCAGCGUCCAGCUCCCUGGAGGAGAACAAGCCCGGGAGCCUGAAGACUCCAGACCACCCCGAGGGGAAGGAGGGAAAGGAGGGGAAGGAGGGGAAGGAGGGGAAGGAGGGGAAGGAGGGGAAGGAGGGAAAGGAGCGCCCUCGGUCGUGCGGGGACUGCGCUGCCAGCCUGCGGCACAGCCAGCCCGAGGCCGGGACGGGGCUGUCAAGGAAGCCCUCGAGCAAACGCAGAGAGAAGGCCUCGGAGAGCCCGGACGCGCAGGGCAAGCCUCCCACCGGAGGGAGAAGCCCCGGCCCCAGCCCCUGCAAGGCGGCCGAGCGCCCCCCGCGCAAGAACGCCAGCUCCUCGGGCGCGCUGGGGUGGAAGGAGUGCAGGCCCUUCGAAGUGGAGCAGCCCUCGGGAAAGAAGCGGCCUAAAAGCCUUGAGCUCACCAUUUCCACAGGGCAGAAGGCGCCCCCAAAUCCAGAAACUCUCCUGACUGUAGAGGAAACGACAGCUGCGAAUCCGGACUCGGCAACAGGCGCUCAGGCAAGGCCCACUCCGGAUGGAGGGGCGACUGCGGACCUGGAGAAAGGCCCUGGGAAUCCAGAACAUUCGGUCACCGGAAGGCCACCAGACAAGGCUGCGAGUCCCCGUUGCCACGCCCAGGAAGGAGACCCUGUUGGCGAUAUCUGUGUGCGUGAUUCCUGCAGCUGCCCUGAGGCAGCUUCUGGGCACCCCCAGGCCUCAGGCAGCCGCUCACCUGACUGCCCCCGGUGCCAGGCCUCCCAUGAAAGGAAGAGCAUGGGAAGUCUAAGCCCCCAGCCCCUUCCACAGUGUAAGCGCCACAUGAAGCAGGUCCAGCUGCUAUUUUGCGAGGAUCACCGUGAGCCCAUCUGCCUCAUCUGCAGUCUGAGUCAGGAGCAUCGAGGCCACCGGGUACGCCCCAUUGAGGAGGCUGCCCUGGAACACAAGAAGCAAAUUCAGAAGCAGCUGGAGCAUCUGAAGGAGCUGAGAAAAUCAGGGGAGGAGCAGCGAUCCUAUGGGGAGGGCAAGGCAGUGAACUUUCUGAAACAGACUGAAGCGCUGAAGCAGCGGAUGCAGAGGAAGCUGCAGCAGGUGUACCACUUUCUGGAGCAGCAAGAGUAUGUCUUUAUGGCCUCGCUGGAGAACGUGGGCCAGAUGGUCGGGCAGAUCAGGAAGACAUACGACACCCGCAUAUCCCAGGACAUCGCCCUGCUCGACGCGCUGAUUGGGGAACUGGAGACCAAGCAGUGCCAGUCGGAAUGGGACCUUCUGCAGGACAUCGGAGACAUCUUGCACAGGGCUAAGACAGUGCCUCUCCCUGAACGGUGGACUACUCCUCAAGAGAUGGAACAGAAGAUCCAACUGCUCCUCCAGAAGUUAGAGUUUGUGGAGAAGAGCGCAAAAUACUUCUUAGAAACCCUGAGUUCAGAAAUGGAAAUGUUCAAUGUUCCAGAGCUGAUUGGUGCUCAGGCACAUGCCGUUAAUGUGAUUCUGGAUGCAGAAACCGCUUACCCCAACCUCAUCGUCUCUGAUGAUCUGAAGAGUGUUAGACUUGGAAACAAGCGGGAGAGGCUGCCUGAUGGCCCGCACAGAUUUGACAGCUGCAUCGUUGUUCUGGGCUCUCCGAGCUUCCUCUCUGGCCACCAUUACUGGGAGGUGGAGGUCGGAGACAAGACGGCGUGGAUCCUGGGAGCCUGCAAGGCAUCCAUAAGCAGGAAAGGGAACAUGACUCUGUCACCAGAGAAUGGCUACUGGGUGGUGAUAAUGAUGAAGGAAAAUAAGUACCAGGCAUCCAGUGUUCCCCCAACCCGCCUGCUAAUAAAGGUGCCUCCCAAGCGUGUGGGCAUCUUUGUGAACUACAGAGUUGGAAGCAUUUCCUUUUACAACGUGACAGCCAGAUCCUGCAUCUAUACAUUCACCGGCUGCUGUUUCUCUGAGCCCCUUCAACCUAUCUUCAGCCCUGGGACACAUGAUGGAGGGAAGAACACAGCUCCUCUGACUAUCUGUCCAGUGGGUGGUCAGGGGCCUGACUGAAUGCCCAACACUGCAUCUCUCUUCCAGCUUCUGGCUUUGUAUCUUGCAUUCACAUACUCAGCAGUCACGGAAUGCCGCCUGGGUGCCAGCCGCUACAGGAAAUGCAACGAAUAACAAAAUAGUUACUGUGCCCAUGGAGCCUACCCGAUUAUAGCAGAGCUAAGUUAGGAACGAACAUAUUAGUAAAUCCGCUGAAGAAAUGUACUGAUGACACACCAUGGAUUUCAGAGGAGGAAGUACAGGGUCGUUGCAUAAUCCAUCCCUGGUGAAUGGUACUCUCAAGUGCUCCUGAACAGAAGAUUUGGCCCUCAUUUUCCCUCAGAACCCCAUGGCAAGGACAUGUCCCCUGGUUCUCUCUGCUUUUGUCUUGAGGACAUGGGAAGUCUAGAGAAACAUAAGCAGACUGGAUUGGGAUAGAAGUAUUUGUGUACCUGGAUUAAUGAACUAUGAUUUUUUUUUUUGAGACGGGAUCUUGCUUUGUCACCCAGGCUGCAGUGCAGUGGCACUAUCUCAGCUCACC